AUUACCUUCCAGGCGCCCCUCCUUCCUUUACCUCGGACUACGCGAGCCUCCGUCAGGUCGAUCUUCACUCAGCAGAACUCUCGUCAUGAUUCUGCAGGCUCUUUUCGAAUGCUUUGACCUGAGCAGCUUGCUGCUGUUUGCUUUUGUUGUGCUGCUGUUGACGGAUGUGGUCCGAAACUGGAGACCCGGCAGUUUCCCGCCUGGACCCUGGGCCGUGCCUUUUCUGGGGAAUGUCUUUACCCGAACCGACUACAAAACUAUGGAGAAUCUUGCAAAGGAGUACGGCCCGGUGUUCAGCCUGAGGAAAGGCAGUGAGAGGAUGGUGUUUGUUUGGGGUUACAAGAUGGUCAAAGAAGCGCUCGUUACCCAGCUGGACAGCUUCGUAGAUCGGCCCGUUGUCCAACUCUUCCAUAAGUAUUUCAAAGGCAUGGGCAUCGUAAUGAGCAAUGGCUACCUGUGGAAGAACCAGAGGAAAUUUGCCAACACUCACCUGCGAAACUUUGGCGGAGGCCACAGGUCCCUAGAAAACUACAUUGAGGCGGAAUGUCACUUCAUUCGUGAGGCGUUCAAAGAGGAACAAGGAAAGCCCUUCGACCCUAUGUACAUCAUAACAAACGCUGUAAGUAACAUCAUCUCCUCCGUGCUCUUCGGACGCCGCUUUGAGUACAGCGACGGGACUUUUCGCAAGUUCCUAGAGUUGGAUAACGAGGCGAUUGCGCUCGCCACCGCCGAGGUUGUACAGCUUUGCGACGCCUUCCCCCGCCUGCUCAAUUACCUGCCUGGCCCACACAAGAAGGUGCACGCCAACUACCGGGACAUCAUGCUCUUUCUGCAGAAGGAAGUGGAGAAGCACCGGGAAGAGUGGAACCCGGAAGAACCCCGGGAUUAUAUUGACGUGUUCCUCGGCGAGAUAGAGAAGAGGAAGGAAGACCCGCAGGCCGGCUUUAACAUUGAAUCCCUGGUGGUUAGCACUCUCGACAUGGUGGAGGCCGGCACAGAAACCUCCGCCACAACCUUACGCUGGGCUCUAGUCUACAUGCUGCACUACCCGGAGAUACAGGAGGAGGUCCAGGCGGAGAUCGACAGAGUGAUCGGACAGGCUCGCCAACCCACAUUGGCCGACAGACCCAACAUGCCCUACACCGAGGCCGUCAUCCAUGAAACUCUGAGGAUGGGGGACAUAAUUCCUUUGGGGUUCCCCAAGAUGGCCAGUCACGAUGCUACACUGGGAGGAUAUGUCAUCCCAAAGGGCACAGCCAUCACCACCAUCCUAACAUCCGUGCUUUACGACAAGAGCGAGUGGGAGACCCCAGACAGGUUCAACCCUCAACACUUCUUGGGUUCAGAAGGCCAAUUCCGCAGAAGAAAUGCAUUUCUACCAUUCUCAGCAGGUAAGCGUUCGUGUUUGGGGGAGCAGCUGGCCAGGAUGGAGCUGUUCCUUUUCUUCACGACUCUGAUGCAACACUUCACCUUCACCGCCAUUCCGGGGGAGAUGCCGAACCUGGAGGGUGUGAUGGGCUUCACGCACUCUCCCGGACAGUUCAGGCUUCUUGCGGUGCCUCGCGCUUCUUCUACACUCCUACUUGCGCUCCUCCUACUCUCCUACUUGUGCUCCGACGUGCACUUCUACCACACUCCUCCUACACUCCUACUUCUACAGGUGCUUCUACUACACUCCUCCUACACUCCUACUUCUACUCCGACAGGCGCUUCUUCUACACUCCUACUUGCGCUCCUCCUACUCUCCUACUUGCGCUCCUCCUCCCACUCUCCUACUUGUGCUCUGCCGGGCACUUCUACUACACUCUUCCUACACUCCUACUUCUACUCCGACAGGCGCUUCUUCUACACUCCUACUUGCGCUCCUCCUACUCUCCUACUUGCGCUCCGACGUGCACUUCUACCACACUCCUCCUACACUCCUACUUCUACAGGUGCUUCUACUACACUCCUCCUACACUCCUACUUCUACUCCGACAGGCGCUUCUUCUACACUCCUACUUGUGCUCCUCCUACUCUCCUACUUGCGCUCCUCCUACUCUCCUACUUGUGCUCCUCCUACUCUCCUACUUGCGCUCCUCCUACUCUCCUACUUGUGCUCCUCCUACUCUCCUACUUGUGCUCCGCCGGGCACUUCUACUACACUCCCCCUACACUCCGGUUGCACUCCACCAUGUGGGCAUCUGCAUUGUUCCUGGGAUGUAACAUGUGGGCGUUGCUGCUCUCAGGUUUGGCUCUUCUCCUGGCAGUCUUUUAUUUCAAGCAAAAGGAGCGGUGUGACUUCCCACCAGGACCGCCGGCUCUACCCGUCUUUGGGAACGUCUUCCACGUGGCCAUCAAGCAGCCUCACAGGUACCUGACACAGCUGGCCCAGAACUACGGCGACGUCUUCUGCCUGCGCCUGGGGAGCGAGCGCUGGGUGUUUGUGUGUGGCUGGAAGAUGCUCAGAGAAGUCCUGGUCACGCAAGCCCACAACUUUGCUGACCGGCCCCGCAACCCCGUCUUAGCCAGGAUGUACCCCCCCAGCACAGGGGGUCUCCUGGCCAGCAGUGGCGAGGUGUGGCGGAGUCAGCGUCACUUCGCCAUGGCGACGCUGCGCAGGUUGGGCCUGAGUGACGGCAGCAUCGAGAGCAACAUCUGGCAGGAGAGUCAACAUCUGCAGGAGGCCGUGGAGCAGCAGUCAGGUGAGCCGUUCGACCCUGCGAGCGUGUUGAACAGCGCCGCGGCCAACAUCAUCUGCCAGCUGGUGUUCGGCAAAAGGUUUGACUACCACGACCGCCACUUGCAGCAGCUACACCGCGGCCUGGCGGACAUGAUCUACCUGGAAGGUUCCGUGUGGGCUCGGCUGUACGAUGCUUUCCCAGGACUGAUGGAACAUCUUCCAGGACCUCACAACAGGAUGUUCGGAACCUUCCGAGCUCUGCAGGACUUCAUCGCCUGCGAGAUGGAGAAGCACAAGUUGGACUUGGACUGCGACAAGCCGGGAGACUACAUGGACGCCUUCCUGCUGGAGACGCGAGACAAAGAGAACGCUCCACUGGGUUUUGAUGAGGAAAAUCUGGUCCUGUGCUGUCUGGACCUGUUUGUUGCGGGGACCGAGACCGUCUCCAAGACGCUGCAGUGGGGCCUCGUCUUCCUCAUCAAGCACCCUGAGGUGCAGAACAAAGUGCAGGAGGAGAUAGAGCGAGUGCUCGGGACUCGCGGUCCUACGAUGGCUGACAGAACCAACAUGCCUUACACCAACGCAGUCAUCCAUGAGAUCCAGAGGAUGGCCAAUGUUGUUCCUCUCAACGGACCAAGAGUGGCCACCAAAGACACUCAACUGGGGGGCUACACCAUCCCCAAGGGAAGUAACGUUCUGACCAUCCUGACGUCGGUGCUCUUCGACCAGAACCAGUGGGAAACGCCUCAGGUCUUCAAUCCAGGACACUUCCUGGACGCUGAUGGCAGUUUUGUCAAGAAGAAGAACUUCAUCCCUUUUUCUGCAGGCAAGCGUGUUUGCAUCGGAGAGAGUUUGGCCAAGAUGGAAGUUUUCUUGUUUCUCACCAGUUUGCUGCAAAAGUUCACCUUCUGGACUUUGGCCGAGGAGCAGCUGAGCUACCAGGGUGUCGUCGGACUGACUCACUCUCCUCAUCCUUUCAGGGUCUACGCCCACGCGCGCUAACUCCGCAGUCCGACUCAGAACUUCUUGCUCUUGAAGAAUCAUC